CUUAGGUUGCCGCCACCAUCGCCUUGGUGCGCGUCUAGUUACUGCCUUAGCGAGAGCGCAGCUCGUUACUGUGGCCUGAAGCCAAUGGAGGUAAUGAAUUUGUUUGGCUUAGCUUGUAGCAUCUGGGCGGCCAAGACUGCUGACAAAGGGCUGGCAGGCCGUUGUCGUUACGUUCUCGUCUGAGUUGGCUGGCUCAGUCGGGCGGACUAGCAAUCGUGGAAAGAAUUGGACAUAGAACGAGCUUUAAACAACGGCAAAACUGCACUAGCAACAGCAGUUGUGUACCGGUUAUAGCCAUUCGCCAACGACGCCGCUCAGAUCCAGAUCUUGGUCCGCCUCAGAGCUGCGACUGACAAACCGCUAUCCAAUCAAAUAGACCAUCGUAAUUGGCAUUGCUGAACUAUGAAAUGUUCGAAAGUGUUCCAUAUCGAGCCCAUAUUUGGCCGCGGUCAUCACCAGCAGCAACAGCAGUAGCCAACGUACGUUUGUAACGAGUGUUACAUUAUGUAAUUACACCUUUAAACUUCGCUACCUCAUUUAUGCUAGACAAAUACGGGUACCGUCUUUGGCCACGGUGUAGUUUGGCAGAAUUGCAUCGAACUGCCGAACUACGAGUUGUCGGUCCAUAGACCAUAUCACGCUCCACCGAUUUUCGGACCUACGAGGUAUAGACAUUACUUGAAACGAAGAUAUAGACGAAAUCGAACGAACCGAAGAAAAGGAUAAGGGUGAAGUGUGACUGUUUACUGCAUAACCAAGAUUCACCGGACCGAGCAUCCUGAUCAAACUGACCGAGAGACAAAACUGUAAAGCUGUUAGUGCCAAUAGCAGCUACGAUGGUUAAUUGAUGGAUAUUGAAUAGUCAAUCGUACAAUUUACGCAAGAGAUUUGUUUGCAUUUGUUGUGCUACUGCUCAUCAAAGCGGCUCAAAAAGGACCAUCCGCUAAUUCAUCAUAGCCGUCGUAGUUCCACUAGAAAAGAAGAAAAACUAAGCUGGAUAGAGAAAGCGAUCCGCAAAUGGUGGUUCAGAGUUUUUCCAAAGAAAUAAAAGCCAUAAAGAAUAAUGGUCGUCGGUAAAAAGAACGAGCGCCAACGCCUGUUUGGCGUCGCCGAGUGCAUCAAGUUCGCGAUGACCACUCAGCUAUUACCGGCAUCUCGUCGACACUCCUUGGAACUGACUAUAGCGCACUCCGGAGAAUCCGUACGCCAUUUUUCGGGUCGCUUUCUACCACAACCAGAAGCUGACGCAAUAGCCGCUCACUGUCCGCCGAACAUCUCCCAGACAAAUGGUGACACUAAGAAAGGGGUCAAGAUAUGUCGUUCGAAAGAACAGAACUCGACGUUCGUUAUGUCAUUGGACGCGUUGGACUCAGCAAUCGCUUCCCGGGGAGAUGAUGACAGCAACGCUGGAAGCAUAAAGUGGCGUGCCAACGUACCGUAUCGGCACAGUGGUAAAUCGGAGUUGUCGAUAGUUCAUGUCGAAAUGGAACCGUGCACUGUUGAAGAAAAAGUUCAACGUUGGACUGAUACGAUGAGCAGCAGAGCGCAGGCUCGGUCACGGCGAAUUGAACGAUCACAGCUGUUAGCCGCACAGCGACCCGCAAAUGCAGUCUGUUACCGAGAUUCAUUAGAUAGCGGGUCGCACUUGCUCAAUUUGAGCUCAUUGCCGGGGGCGCCGGCUGUCGAUCAAUUACAAUACAACACGCCUAAAGAAGGACAAACCUAUUCGCGAGCUGAGAGCAAAUCUCAACAACAACCUCAAUCGCAAACAUCUUCUUGCAGACCCGGUUCGUCCCUUAGUGGCCACGACAUUAAUGCAGACGACACAUCGACAAGCGUCUUAGCACUGAGUAGCUCCGCAUCCGAUAACGAAGAUGGAAAAACUGCCGACGAUGAUUCUCGAUUACCGUCUGAUUGUUGUUGUGAAUUCGACACUGUCGACUUAAAAAAAAUCUUUCAGCCCGCGCUGAAGGUUCGAAACGACGCUGAUUCACUGGCGGCUGACAGGCGAACUUCGAGCGGGAGUGGUUCAUGGUGUGGCACUGAGAAAGGCGCCGGGAUUGAAGAUGAAAUAGGAAAUGCUUGUGAGGAGCUUCGUUCAACAAGUUUGCCUUUUACCAACGAACAGAAAGCUCAGUCACCCGACGUACAGGAAAUUAUGCGCUUUAUGGAUGCAUUCGUUAUUAAAAUUUUAGAAGAUUAUGCUUCGGUAUCGCCGGAAGAAAAAAGCCGAUUUGGAAUGCUUGCAACAACUCCUGAAGGUCGAUCGGCAUUCGCACGUUCACUCGAUGGUCACCGGGCAGGGCGAGCCUGCUUAGCAGAAGGUGCCUUUCUCAGCCUUGCUCAAUCAACAGCUGUGAUGUUGUUUGAAAGUUGUGAGGCCGAUGACUGGCCUCCUGCUAAAGUACUUAUGAAUAUGUGCUUCACAUUCUACACGGAAGAGGAGCAAAAUGAUGGAUCCAUUCAUCGAGAGCACUUAUAUAGUCAACUGUCGUCACAGCCGAUCUGGAAAAACCAUCGUUUCUGGAACGCCGCAUUUUUUGAAGCAAUUCUGUGCGAACGAGCUAAAUUUCUUUUGCCGUCAGCUCCAAGUCCUAAUUGUAUGAAUCAGACUGGCAAAGACAGCCCUGAGAUAACUUCUCAAACGAGACAAAGACCUGAUAAGGAAUCACAGCGUCAAUGCCUCGAGAACGUUACGUUCAGUCAGUUGGCGGUGUUCACUCACAACAUGCACGCCUUAGGGCUUCCAGCCCAAAUGUGCCUUCAGUUUCUGGACAAACAGCUCGUAAUUGGAAACCUGCCUCCUGGACAGAAGCGGCUGCUUCGCGAGAACGUUGAGAACCUAUACAGACUACAGCCCAAACCAGUUUGAGCGUCCAAGUGCAAUACCGUGUAUUGACAAUAGAGCGUUACGUAUCCGCGGAGGGAAAACAAAAUGAGACGACUGAGCUUGCGGCACCGAUUAUCUUGUAAAAUGCGUGGAAAAUAGGAUCUACAGUUCAGCCGUAUACAGCAAAUACCCAAAUCAUUGCUGCUAUAAGUGCUUAUAUAUAUAUAUAUAUAUAUAUAUAUAUAUAGGCCUAAAGAUCUAGCGUCUGCAUUGGGAACAGAGAUCUUUGUAUGAUUUGAGGGCAGGCUUGUGAUUGUCUCAAUUUUUUCAUCAGCUUCUGUGGUAUGUACUCAAGCGAAAAAAAACAACAUAGUUGAGAGUGAAUUUCCUGUAAUGUGCGGAUGGUUGGAAUAUAUUAUUGGACUGUCUGCGCUGUUCCUCAGCUGACAUGAUGCGCAUUAAGUAUGCGAUCUAUCAUCUUGACCGCCUAUUGCCAUCUCUGUGGCAAGACCAUUCUUAAAAUAACAGAUACGCCGCCGACAAGAAGAUGAGUCUGAAAGCGGGUCAUACCGACGCCCUGUGUUCGAUGUCGUUUUCAAACGCGAAUACCUCUCAGUAAUAUUCGAUUACAAUACGCUACCCGUUGCUUAGAAGUGUUCAUAAAGCUGUAUCUAAAUAAAUGCAAUAGGACGGCAGAUUCUCCCUUCAUAUUAAACAGAAACAGUACAGCUAGAGCUUCCUUUGGUGGACUUUCACGCUCAGCGCUAGGAGUGUAAUUUUCAUUUAGUGGACAUCGGGUCUCAUGUCAUGGCGCUAUCCUGAUGAAACUUUAAAACUUUGAUAUCUUAAAUAUUUUGUGUCAAUCAAUGUGUGCCCAUACAGCUCUCUAAUCUUAAUGCAGUGUGAUGUAAAAAAAAAAGUCGAUUCGCUCCGGAAAACAUCUCGGUAAAUAUUCAGCUGAAGAUCUAUCGAUAUUCCUGUCACUGGCGCAACUGUACUGUGUCAUAGAAAUGGACAGGUCAUGAAAAGCCUCGUAAUUGGUGUACAACAUAACUGUUUUGCUUUAAAGCUUGUUCGGCUGUGCAACCUGGUGCCCUUAAUAGUAUUCACCCUUACUGCGUAUUAAACAUUAUCAUCGUGCACCAUGUGAAAAUUGUUUCGAUUGAUCCAUACGAAUUAUCGAUGAUGGUAAUACGUUGAUGUAUUGCGACGUGACCGCCAGAGACGCAAACAUUUUUCUCACACUGAGCAAAAAACGUUUCAACGCGCGUAUAAGUAGCGCAGCCUCUCGCUGAGGAAUAGAAUAUGAUAGACAUUGCUAAUAGUAAAAGUAUGUUACGGCUUAUUUGUUGCUAAGUGACUUAUUUGGCAAUAGUGACGCCCGCUAAAAUGUGCUUGAAAUUGAUGUACUACAAUAGAUAAUUACUAUUACAUUGAUGCGUUCAUGAUAGAACUUCGUAGACUUGACUUAUCUAGCAUUGAUUAUACAACUGAUUCCAUAUGAAUCCAUCACAAAGAAUCUUAAUUGUAAAUUACUAUAGCGAAAAUUGUCUCCUUCAACUUUGUGGUACUACUCGUAUUGACAGCAUAGUUAUGUACGCGCUUCUGAAUGUAGAUCCUGACUUAAUAUACACAUCCGUCGAACGAGAACCAAUCAUAGGACUGUUUUUUUAAUAUACUUUAAUACAAAAGGUUAACUGGAUUUGUUUUAUGGCCUAAAUAACCAAAUUACGUUAGUGAGGAGCCUUUUUUAUCUUCAUGUGAUUAAAGAAAAAAAUAAAUAAAGAAAUAAAGAAAAAAAAAGAUGUAGUAGGUUUUCGGAUCGUAUAUAAUUUCGCGUACUAUUAUAUAUUUUUAUCAAAAAAGAGCUUCAAUGAAAAGAUGAGACAUCAUGGUGUUCACGAUACAGUGCUGAAAUAGCUCCGUUUUUAUUCAAGGAAUCUAUCUCACCCCAACAAAGUCGACAACGAUGUGAACCAAUCUUAUCUGAGUGUCUUUAACGUUCUUUAAAAUAACUGAGGAACGCUUAUCCAUUAUGGUAUUCUGUAUUGGCAUUAGGUAUAAGACGAUACUUUUGCAACCUUGAAAACUUCUUUUAAUAAUGAAAAUAUUAGACCAAAUAACUAUACAGUAUCGUUUACAGGAGCUUUACGUAGGCAAAGGAAAUAGAUAAUUUAACUGUUUGUUUAUCGAUUAUUACGAACAUUUUACAAAUAAGAAUAACAACAAAUGACCUAAAAGCUGACGGCCGUUCUCGAAUGUGACUUGUCUGAAUUUAACGUGCUGCUGCCUAUAAAAAGUCCGUGCUAGAAAUCGAUUCGGCCACUGACGUACCCUCUUAUCAUGAUCCGUUAUGACUUUUUCUAUGUAUUCGUUAAAACUUAAAAAUUAAGUUGAUCGACUGAACGAUAUGAUAUUUUCUCCAGAUAAAUACUGGGGGACACGACUUUCGAAUCUUCGUAAGGUAAAAUGAAUGUAGCUUUGUAAACAGCCAUAAAACGUAGAACUUCCUACUGUACACGCAGAGCUACCGGUAGAUUGAUUAUCUAAACACCACUUCGAUUUGUUUUACUCUCAUGAAUAGGCGGAAUACACUCAUUAAGUAUCUCUCCCUUCCUUCUUUCACUCCGCCCUUUUGUUGCCAGAUACUUUACCGGGUAAUUAACUAUGUUUUUAUUAAAAGACACCCAUUAGGCAGAUUGAUCGAGUCCCAUAGCUCAUGAUAACUUAAUGACAGCGUAUACUAUCGACUUACUGGGUCUCGUGUUGAGAUCAGCCAUCAGAAGAAUACUGAAGCAGAUUACGGGACCUAAAAACUCGGUAUGCACUACGAGAAUUAAAUAAAUGGUCAAACUAGU